CCUUUCUCUUUCAAAACUUGCCAUCUCUCUCUUUCUCGGGCUACAGUCACGCAUAAGCAAGCUCGCUCUCUCUCUCUCUACGCUCCGAUGGCUGCCGUGACCGCGAAGAAGGCUCGAUCCCCAUCCUCUCACCCUCCAUUCUUCGAUAUGAUAACGGAUGCGAUCGUGACGUUGAAGGAGCGGACCGGCUCGAGCCAGUACGCCAUCCAGAAGUUCGUCGAGGAGAAGCACAAGAAGUUGCCGGCCAAUUUCAGGAAGCUCCUGCUGGUCCAGCUGAGGCGGCUCGUCGCCUCCGGCAAGCUUGUCAAGGUCAAGAACUCGUUCAAGCUCACCGCCGCGGCCAAGCCGGCCCCCGCCGCCUCGGCCAAGCCCAAGGCGAAGCCGGCUGCUGCCAAGCCGAAGACUGUUGCGAAGCCGAAGGUGGCUCCCAAGGUGAAGGCGGCUACCGCCGCCAAGCCCAAAACGGCCGCGAAGCCGAAAGCCGCGGUUGGUGUGAAGAGAAAGGCGGCUGAGAAGCCCAAGUUGAAGCCCGCGGCGAAGGCGGGGAAGACCUCUGCGAAGGCGACGCCUGGGAAGAAAGCUGUGAAGAAGGUGGCCGUCGCGAAGCUGAAGAAGACGCCAGUGAAGAAGCCGAAGAGCGUGAAGACGCCGGUGAAGAAGGCGAAGAAGUGAGCCGGUGUUGUGUUCGUCACUAGCGUAGGGGGUGGUGGAUUUUAGAGGGGAGGGUUCGGUUGUGUAUAGGAGAUGGUUUGGCAGCCUUUGACAUAGCCCUUUUCUUUUCUUGUUUUUUUUCCUCUUGGCUUUCGAAUUGUGCUAACUCUAUUCUUGUUAGUGCAUGUUUCUAUGUAAGAUUUCUAAGGCGGAGAUUAUUAGAUGGUUGUGUUU